AUGAGUCUCACCGAAGAAAUCGACCUAUGGUCACCUUUCACCAGCGAUACCUUGUUGGAGGUUCGCACCAGCGUGAUGAAGAAGAUGCCCGGACUCGAGGUCACGUCCGGAAUCGACAAGGAUUUGAGGCAUGGUCCCAUUUACGUAUCGCAUCUCGGGCUCGAGGCGGACGAGCAUGAUCCAACUUUUCAUGGUGGACCGGAUAAGGCGAUUCACGGUUAUUGCUCCUCUCAUUACUCUGGUUGGAAGGCAGAACAUCCAAUCGCAGCGGAAAGAUUCAGACCGGGAGCUUUUGGCGAAAACUUUGUCACAAGGCACAUGAAUGAGCGCAACGUAUGCAUCGGCGAUGUCAUCGCUGUUGGUGAUGAAGUCGUGCUCCAAGUCAGCUUGCCACGACAGCCAUGCUACAAGCUCAACCAUCGUUUUCAAUUGAAGAACUUUGCGCCCACGACAUUUAAGUCAAGUAGAACUGGCUGGUACUAUCGUGUUCUGAAAGAGGGAUCAGUCAAGGCUGGCGACGAAAUCAGGCUCGUCGAGCGAAAAUGGCCCAAAUGGACCAUUGAAAGGAUCCAGGAGUACCUGCACAGGAACCAGACCGACGCGGCUAUGAAUGAGGAACUCGCGUCGAUUGAGGACAUGGGCAAGGAAAGCCGUGGCGCAUUCCAACGACGAGUGGCCAAAGCCAAAGCUCAAGUCAAGAGGGAAAAGGGGGACCAGUGGAGAGACUUCAAGAUUAUCGAAAAGACAAGACAAACCCCCAGAAUCUCGUCAUUUGUCCUCGAAGCAGUCAACCCGAUCGAGAACCCAGAAUAUCUCAACGAAGGAGCCCACGCAAAGCUCAAACUGCCGAAUGGUCUCCUUCGAUCAUACUCUGUCGUGUCCGGGGAUCGCAACAAGUUCGAGCUCGGCAUUGCUCUCGAGGAUAAGGGCCGUGGAGGAUCCCUCUACCUCCACAACUCUACGGCUGUGGGCGACAUACUUCAGGUUGGGCGAAUGACUGCCGACGUAAAAGUUGCCAGUGCUUCAAGCAAUCACGUUUUCAUCGUGGGUGGUAUUGGCAUAACCGCCUUUUUGGUCCUUGCUGAGGCCUACCACGAAGUCCACUUCAAUUCUGAGAUACACUAUGCUGUUCGCUCGGCCGACGACAUACCGUUUCGUUCUCGGCUGGAUGCUCUUGGGAGCAAUGUUCGACUAUACGAUCGUUCUCAAGGCGAGCGAUUGGAUAUUGGCGAAAUCAUGAAGACGCUCAAGUGGAACAGCCAUGUCUACGUUUGCGGACCUACGCGAAUGACUGACGCCGUAAGAAUAGCCGCGGAGGAAUGCGGCCUCGAUGAGGGCGACGUACAUUACGAAGCCUUUUCUGCCGCCACGUCGGGAGACCCGUUCGAGGCAGAGAUUCUGAAUCGGGACGGCAAGAUCCUGAAGGUUGGCGAGGAAGAGACGCUGCUGGAAGUACUCAAGCGAGAGAUCGGAGGCGAUGUGGAGAGUAGCUGUGAAGUCGGCAACUGUGGGACUUGCAAGGUUACACUCAAGAGCGGUCGAGUUGAUCACAGAGGCACAGCUCUGUCUACUGACGACAAACUUGAGUCAAUGCUAAGUUGCGUGAGUCGUGGUAUUGGAAGGAUAGCCAUCGAGAUUUGA